AUGGCGAUGCUUACUCGCACAACGAUCUUGAUCUCGCUGUUCUUGGCAGAUGCCUAUGAAACAUGGCAUCUUGUAGAUUUAGCACAGGUGGUGUGUCCAAAGCCAACCAGUAGCAACCCAGAUGCACCGGUCUUUCCUGACUACAACCUGGGCAUCAACUACUCCAGCGAGUUGCAAGUUGAUGCACCACAUAUAAUUGGCUUCAUUCGAGCAAGCAAACAGGCCAUGUCAAUCACCUUCAAGGUUGAAGAUUUCUAUGGAGAGCAGGUGGUUCCAGAGACUACAGUUGAACUGAAGGCACUCAGCGAUGCAGUUCCAUCCAACUGCAAAUGUACUAAUCCCACCAUCCCAGUAGAGGUCUCUUCCACAUUCGGUGCAAACUACGGGGCACAAUGCGGAGCAUGGGACGAGCCAAAGUGUGGCGAACUUUGGGGCAACAUCACCGUAGGGGCAUGGUGCUGCCGUCACUGGUGCUAUGCAUCCUCUGAGUGUCCAGAUGCUUAUCAGAGCCAGGCCAUACCAGGCCAGUACUUCAGUUACGCUGCGUGCAACACGUAUGCGGCGGUGAACCCAUGCCAGUGGACACAAGUCGCUGAAGAACAAGACCCAUGCACAUGCAAAGACAAGAGCGGCAUCUUCAAUGCUGCGAUGAAAGCGAAAUUUUCUGACAGCUACGGCUCAACCUGUGGGGCUUGGGAUAUGGCCAAUUGCGCUACCAACUAUCGACCAGACCAGGUCGAUACUUGGUGUUGCGCAAACUGGUGCUAUGUCGACAAAGAAUGCCCAAGUGCCGUUGCAUCCCUGAAUCCGGGAAUGGAAGGCGUCUUGUAUUGGUCAGACAACGUUUGCGUGGAUGACCCUGCCUUAAUGUUGCAGUGCCCAUAUCAACCGCAACCGAACGUCUCUGCCUCUGACACUUCUUGUGAUUGUUUAGACGCCACCAUGCCGAGUGAACUGAUCACAAGCCUCGGUCUUGAUCUGACGACUUAUGCAGAUUACGGCCGUCAGUGCGGUCCACACGACGCAGAUGUUUGCGACAAAACUUACCCUGGUGCAGACCAUGCAAUGUGGUGUUGCACAUCCUGGUGUUGGGUCUCUGCAACUUGCCCAACUGCACGUGCUUCGACGGUAUGGCAAGGUUAUUAUUGGAGUCAGGAGAAAUGCGAGUUAAAUGCAGAAGCCGUCUCAGGCUGCAAGUGGGAGUCACUUUGUGAAUGUCGAGGCCAACUCCCAGCUGGUACCUUUGAUGGAAAGGGGAACUUUGCAGCAGAUUAUGGCAGUGAUGAUGAGGCAACCACCUACAACAUGGCUGCCGACACCUGUGAUGCAACACGACGUCUUUCCGCACGUCGUCGUGGGGGUGGAGGGGGCUGGAGCUCAUAUUCAUCGCCACGGCGGCGUGCUCCUGCUGCUACCGCGUCAUAUCCACGGCGUCGAUCUUGGUCGGCGCCCACGUCAUACUCUGCUCGGCGAAGGGCCCCGUCACCACCGCCACCAGAUGUGCGGCGAAGGGCACCACCACCACCAGUGCCUUCACCCAUUGAAACACGGCGACGAACAACGAGCAUCAGUGGACAAUCGUAUGCCACGCAGUCUCGCAGGCGUUUCCCAGGUGAUGCUGAUCUACGACGGCGCAGAACAAUCCCUGAGCAACCGUACGGCUACGCGAACCGGCCACAGAUGAUGAACAACUAUGGAGGCACCAUGCCACAGCAGACUCCCUAUGGAUAUUCAGGCUACAACGCAGUCCCUGCACAGAAACCGGUGAAUGUCGCUAUGUAUGCUGCUGGAGGAGCAGUUGCUGGUGCAGUGGUGGGUGCUGGAGCAAUGUACGCUUACAACAACAUGUACGGUGACUCGUGGGAGAUUCACCGCCGACGCCGCUAUGGAGACUUCCGAAGCCAGAGUUUUUGCAUCGUUACAGCGGCUGGAGAUCGCAACGGUGCAUUCAUGGCAUGUGAGCAGUGCUAUCGAAUCUAUGGCCCCUGA